GGAUUUGGAAGAAAACAUCCCUCGACCAGAAAAAGAUAAUAUAAUAAUAAUAAUUGAGCUGCGUCAAAAUUGGAAUUGGGUGGAUUUCUUCCCUCGUCUGAUCUUCUCUCCGGCCACCGGAAGUCCUGAACUCUGUCGUUAAUCAAUCGUCUUCCUUCUCCUAACAAUGACCAGAAUUCACUGACCCAAAAUUCCCAAACCUGAUUAAGAAAGAGAGAUAGAAAUGAAGCUCUCUCUCAAUCUCCCAGAUGAUGACAACAACCACCACAAUCCAAUCCUAAAAGCCGAAUUACCCAUUUCAAUAUUCAAUCAGCCCUUCAAUUCCAUCUUCACCACUGCUACAAAUUCAUUUUCAGACAUCCACUUCUCUGUUUCCACCAAUUUUCCGACAGGUCCUUCCCUCAAACUCUCCUACUCUCCUCCCACCACCACCACUCCAUCUUCUCCUAUCUCUGUAUCUCUCAAGUCAGGUUUAGGCCUGUUUGGCUCUCCUCAUAAUUCACCUUUGGUUUUCUCUGCUCAUUUCUCCCUCUCUUCUGCAAGCCCCGUUGCCAUUAUCCCUACUUUCUCUCUCCACUUUAAGCCCCAGCUUGGCCAUUUCUCUCUUCACAAAAGAACUGCUUCCUCUUCAGAUCCUAACCCUGAUCCUGAUUCUGGGACUCACUUGGUAGCUGGAUCCCAUUUGGAUUCUGUCUCCUCUUCAAAUUUGGAAUUUGGAAAUGUAUAUGCCCCAGACUCUGUUGGGCCAAUGGGUUGGCAGGAAGUGAAAUUGGAGCCAGUUACUGGCAAAGAGAAAGAAGGGUUUGCAAACCCUAACCCUAAUGAUAUUGAUGGGGCUUAUGCUCCUAAUGGGGGAAUUUUUGGUUUUCUUCCAGAAAGGCAUUUGAUGCCGGAAGAUAGAAAGAAAGGUGGAUUUAGCGGAGUUGCUGUUAAGGCAAGGACAGUGGUUCCAUUAAGCAAAAGGGUGAAGAUGAAUUUGAGGUGGGGUGUGAAUUUGCCAGGUGAUAUGGGGAUAAAGAUGCCUUAUUUGACUGUAAAUAAGAUUGUGGUUGAGAGAAUUGAGGAGAUGAAAGAAACAAAAGAAAAGUCCUCUGAGUAUACCAAAGGUGAUUUGGAGUUGUUGAAGGGAAUGUGUUUUUGGAUGAGAAGGGAUUUGGAGAUAAUAGAAAAAGAAAAUAGAGACAUGAAGCAGAUUUUGGAGUACAUGAGAUCAAGAGUAUCGACCAGGAAUUUGAGAGGAGAAAAUAGUGUUGGGAAGAAAGUGCCUGCUUCUAGCGAUAGGUUGGGGGAGUUUUGGCAGUCGAAGAGGAAGAAAAAUGAUGAAGCAUAUGGGCAAACAGAAUUGAAGAAACCUACAAAUCCGGUUACUGAUUUGGAAAGUGAGUUGCAGAAGGCUAUAAAAGCUGCUGCUUCUUAACAAGGUUGGAAAUAUUUGCAGUGCUUUAUUUUCUUGCUUGUUUAGGAUCUGUAUAGUUCUAAGCUUUUCAGUUUAGGGUAAAUAAUGACACGUCCUCAAGACUUAAUAUUCUCAAUAGCUAGGCUUCCAAGUUUGAUUAAAGUAGUAUUGUUCUGUUUGGAGAGUAUUAGCAAAUAGCAAUAUAUAAUUAUAUAUAUGUUUUCUUAAUGAAAUGCUGAGACAUUUGAGAGAUGUAAUGGAAUUCAUGCACGUAGUAUUUCAUUAUGUUGGAAGCUUUUGAGUUCUA